AUGGGAAACGAGAAAGAACAGCCAACUACAUGUCCAUCAUCUAGCUCAAAUCCUCCAUCGGAGGCCAUACCAUCAACCACGCAAAACAUUCCACCUUACAUGGCUGGUUACUUUGGACCAAUGCCUACGUGGUUACCAACUUUUCUACCAUAUCCGGCUGGUAACCAAUAUCCAAUCAACAUACAGAAUUUUGGUUACGGAUUUCAAGGAAUCAUGGAACCUCCGACUCCUAUCAGCAAUACAAGCUCUGCCACGAGCAAGAUAUUUGGUUCAGAACCCGAUAAUAGAGCUGAUGGUGUGGAAUCUGAAGCGCCUUGUGGAUCUCCUAUAGUUGAACAGCGUACUGAGGAACAACCAAAUCAUACGGAAUCUAAUAGUGGCAGUCCCUUGAAAUCUCAAAAUGUCGAAGUGGUUGAUGAUGAUAUGAUUGAGGAGCCAAAGUCGGGAAUGGAGUUUAAUUCCCUUGAAGAGCUAUUAUGUUAUUAUAAGGAGUACGGUAAGAAAUGCGGGUUUGGGGUGAUGACAAAACGGACUGAUAGGGGAGAAGAUGACUCUGUUAGAUACGUCACUCUUUGUUGUGCCCGAGGUGGGAAGGCCCGGAAUAGGACGUUGAAUGUUGCCAAGCCACGUCCAACAGGAAAGACAGAAUGUAAGGCAAGGAUUAAUGCCUUAAAGCAAGAUAGAGUGCUGAGGUUGACGACUGUUCAUAAUAUCCAUAACCAUGGCCUCAGUUCGAAGAAAUCCCGCUUCUUUCGAUGUAAUAGAGAAGUUAGUGAUGCCGUAAAAAGGGUCCUAGAUACGAAUGAUCAAGCUGGCAUCCGAGCGAGUAAGAGUUAUGGAUCUCUCGUUGUUGGAGCGGGUGGAUUCGAGAAUCUCCCCUUUCUCGAAAAGGAUUGUCGCAAUUAUAUUGACAAGGCAAGACAUCUACGACUUGGCGCCGGUGGUGCUGGAGCGCUUCGACAGUAUUUCUUACGGAUGCAAUAUAAAAAUCCUGGAUUUUUUUAUAUGAUGGACAUAGAUGAUGACGGGAGGUUAAAGAACGUCUUUUGGUCAGACCCCCGUAGUAGAGCAGCAUACCAAUAUUUCGGCGAUGUGGUGACAUUCGACACCACAUACCUAACAAAUCGAUAUGGGAUGCCCUUUGCACCAUUUGUUGGUGUAAACCACCAUGGGCAGUCAAUUCUCUUAGGAGCCGGCUUGAUUUCUAGUGAGGAUACCGAGACAUUUGUGUGGUUAUUUGAGACAUGGUUGCAAUGCAUGGAUGGUAUCGCUCCGAAAGCAAUUAUCACUGAUCAAGAUAGAGCGAUGAAAAAUGCAAUCGCUCUUGUCUUUCCAAAUACCCGGCACAGAUUUUGUCUUUGGCAUAUACUGAAGAAAGUUCCCGAGAAACUUGGCUCAUAUGGUUCCUACAAAACUGAGAUGAAAAGUGCCUUGAUGAAAUGUGUAUAUGACACCCAACGUGUUGAUGAGUUUGAAAAGUGUUGGGAUGAGUUGAUUACCACUUACAACUUGCAUGAGAAUGCGUGGUUGCAGAGCCUUUACGUUGAGCGUGAAUAUUGGCGAAGCGAGAGCAUGAAUGCAUUCUUUGACGGUUAUGUACAUUCUAGGACAAACUUAAAGGAGUUUGUAGACCAAUUUGAUAAUGCGUUGAAAAAGAAGAUUGAGAAAGAAAAUCUCGCAGACUUCCAGUCAUUUAAUGUCACAAUCCCCCUCAUAUCUCGAUCUCCGAUUGAAAAGAGGUUCCAAGAGUUGUACACGAUUGCGAAGUUCAAGGAAGUUCAGCAGCAAAUCAACGGCAUCAUUGACUUGAAUCCGAAGUUACAUAAAAGUGAUGGUGCAUUAAAGACAUAUAUGGUUGAGGAUGAAGUAGCUUUGGAGGAGUUCACUAAGUUGGUUCGGCAUUUUGUGGACUUUAGUGAGGAUGAUGCAGUUGCAAAGUGCUCUUGUGGUUUAUUUGAGAUGAGAGGGAUAUUGUGUCGGCACAUCUUGGCUGUAUUCAGGUGUAACGAUAUUAGACAUUUGCCGGAAAUAUACAUUGUAGAUCGAUGGAGGAAGGAUAUUAAAAGGCGAUACACAUUAAUCCACAGUAGCUAUGAUGAAGGGGACCAACGGCUCGAUGCUAAUAGAUAUUCAAGUCUUUUAAGUAUUUGUUAUCAGAUGAUUACUCAUGCAGCUGGUUCGAGAAAGCAUACUGAGGAUGCAAGAAGUAAGUUAACUGCCAUGAUUGAGUUGUAUCGUGCCAAUGAAGAACCCCCAUCUUUCACUCAACUUGGUUCUAAUGUGGAUCCUACGGCAAAUGACACUACCGUCGGAUGUUCUGGAGAAGUACACAGUCCACGGGUUGUGCGAGGCAAAGGCAGACCUCCAUCUCUAAGGAGAGCAUCCAGGAUGGAGAUAGACAUACGGAAAGCAAAAGCAAAGACAAAGAAACAACCGGCAAAGGGGAAGCGUAAAGAGCGGGAUGGAGGAGAUACCCAGUCCGUGGAUAAAGGAGAUACACCUGUUGAGGAAGUAUGCAGGAGUUUAUUUGGCCCUUCUGAGAUCGAUCUCUCCAAUGUUGGACACAUGCAGGUUUAG